AUGUACAAAGCGCAAAAAUCACCUUUAAUGCAUUUAAGGUAUGAGUAUAUUACCUUUUUUGCUUACUAUAAUGCUCUGGUUUUAAUUUACCCAGCAAGAGCAUCCACUGGUUGCUCUUGUAAUAAUCCGCUAGUUCAGGUGGACUUUCAACAAGCAAGAGUAUCUGCUGGUUAUUCUUGUGAUGAUCUGCUAGUUCAGUUGAAGUCAAUUUUGCUUCAUCUAGCAAGAGCAUCCGCUGGUUGCUCUUAUGAUGAUCUGCUGGUUCAGAUAAAGCUAGAUUCUGCACUAUUACGAAAAAUAGCUUCUUUAUUUUCUGAAAAAACUACUAUUCAAACUGCCUUUCUAAGAUAUCUCAAUAUAUUUAGAAGAGCGCUUACUCAACAUGCAUAUAAGCAGGAGGUAAAAGAGAGCAUAAAUAUUUCUGAUAUUCACGAACAGAUAGGGCAAUGCAUCGAACCAAUUGCGAAAAACAGUCUGUUUUUUGAUAAUAAUAUUGAUGAUGAAUCAUAUGAUAAAUUGCUGAAUUUAUGUGAUGAUAAUUCAAAUUGCGAAAUAUCUGAGGUAGAUUUGAACACAGAAAAGCCAGAAUUGGAUUUCGUAUUCAGGAACAAUUAUGAAUUAGAUUUACUUUUAGAUAAUAGACUUGUUGACUGCCCAGCCAUUAUCAAUGAUAUUAUGAAAUUGCAAUUGGGAUCUUUGCCUUGA